AUGUCAGACAUAAACGAGAGCUAUGAAGAGAUACUUAAGCGGAUGGGUUGCGAUAUGAUUUUUAAACCUGGCGAUAGUAUGCUUGAGGAUGCGACGUUUUACUUUGAUUUCGCUAGGGGUAAAAAAACUUAUCCAUAUGACAGUGUUUAUAGGUUAUUAGAUUUUGUACACAUAUUGUGUGAUACAUAUAAAAAGUGUAUGAUUAUGAUAGUGAAGUAUAAAUGUUGAUGUGUAUUAUAAUAUUUUUUAAUAGCUAUGGCUUCGUCACUUAAAAAACAUUACCCAUGGAAGGCAAUGAAUGAAUGGAGAAAUAGAAAUGGAGGAAUGAAGGAAUGGCAAUCUGGCGUUUGGGUGGAUAACUGCGAGAGCUUCAAUUAUCUGCAUUAUUGUGAUAAUGUAACAUUAGAACUAAAGGACGAGCAGAAACUAAAGGAUGAUCGUGAAAAAAAAAGGAGAAUGCGACGUGCAAUCCUAACAUUUGUCCAGGCUGUGGUCGAGAACAUUCAAAACCAAACGAUUCUUGUAUUAUUGUAUAAAGACACAUAUUUUUUUAAAUAG